GUCGACAUGGCGGACUCGCUUGAAAGUGAAUCGGCGGCAGCGCUUCUCAGCAUGAAGGAUGGCGCUCUAAAUAACAAUACGCAAAAGCAACUGGCGGUGAUGUCUCGGCCAUCUCGUAUAAGGAAGCGAAAUAAGAGGAUAUUCAAUGACUUCGAGGAUACAUCCUACACGCUAUCGAGAUCUUCAGCACGGAAAUCGGCGCGUAUCGCGUCGCCGGUUUCGCAGAAAACUGACGAUCCCGAAUGGACACCGGACAAGCGAACGGGUAGCCGCAGCAUUAAAAAGGAGCCCCCACCGCCUGUUGUGGUGCCGGACAAGCGAGUAAUCCAGAAAGUGGGCAUACGCCUUCGGAACCUGCUGAAGUUGCCAAAGGCACACAGAUGGGUCUGCUACGAGUGGUUCUACUCGAACAUCGAUCAGCCACUCUUCUUGGGAGACAACGAGUUUUGCGGUUACCUGAAGCAGUCAUUUCCUUUGCUCAAGACGAGACGGCUGACGAGGGUCCAGUGGUGCAAGAUCCGUCGAAUAAUGGGCAAGCCUCGAAGCUCGCUUAAGAAAACCACAAGAUGGUCUUUUUGAAGGCUCUAUCGAUGCUGUCGACACACAGACAGCAACGUAUCGCACCAAGUUCGACCGGUCGGGCCUUGGGACACAUUCGGUGCCCGACUAUGAAGUCCUGAGCCUGGACCCUCCUGAAACAAUGCCCAAGUCCUCCUUUCUUCAAAGACAGAGGCCAAGGCAAGUGUUCUACCUGAGCCCUCCAAGGACUGUGUACGGCCAUGGACCACAGUUGGACAACGAUCCGCUACUAGGUGCCUCUCCUCUACGAUCUGGGCUCCAGUCUGUCGACGAAACAUCCACUGUAGGCGGGUUCCCUGUAGAGUUUCUAACGCUUAUGGUCCAGCUAUCCAAGAUCCUUACUGUAAAGAGGCAGAAAAUCGACAAGUUAAGAGACAUGAACACGCAAGCGGAAAAGAUGACCUCGUACGGGCAGGUGAUUGAGCCCGAGUUCAAGAAGCGGUAUGCAGCCCUCAUCAUGGAGUUCGAGGCACUCAACAAAGAUCUGCAGGAAUCCCUGGAAGGCAUCAUGACCUACUGCGAAAGGCUGGCCCCCGAGCAAGGCUUGCAGUUUGACAUGCAGCCACAGGCGAUCCGCAGCAAGUGCCUUAACGAGGCCCGUGAACUGAUGCAGCAGUGUGCUGCCCCAGGAGGCAGCAUGGCAGCUGCCUUGUCAGCUUCCUCCUCCUCCUCUUCUGCAUCCCCUUCAUCACAAGCGGAAGGGAGCGUAGCACAUCAAGCGGUCGACCUGAUAGCCAAGCUCACUGCGCUCAUGCUACAGGUCAAGAACCUUUCUCAAGGGGACCUGAACUCGUUCGAGCUAAAAUCGCUUAGUGAAGCCAUGGUGGACAUCCAAAACAGCGUGACACAAAAAAACGUUGGUCUUUUUCAGAACAAAGUUCAAAUACACGUCAACCACAUCCAGAACGGCCUGAGCCAGCUGGGGAACCUGCACGCGUUUACGUCAUCGUCCCAGAACGUCUCCGUCUAAUCAUGCCACUCCGGAUGUACUCUUUGCCUAGCCUGCUUCUGCUUGAGUGGCUGCACUUUGUAUGGAUUCAUCUUUAUACACUCACAGCAAUUAGAACUUCUUUGUUUUUGUUUUUUUUUUACUUCAAGCAAAGCCCCCCUCCAUUGGAAUGCAGACACUUCGAGAACUGCAUAAUGAGGAACCCCAAAGACUCCACAUAGCCCAGGAAGUUAUCACUAUUGGUGGGGCAUGGCACGUGGUUUGGGUAUGGGGAGGUGUCUUGUAUUUUGUGUACUGUAAUUAGGUGAAAAUGUUUUCCUGUGUUUAGUUCUUUUUCAUCCCCACUGCAUCGAUUUUGUUUGCCACUUUUCUGCGGACAUCUUUGGACACCUAGUGUAGUUAUUGUCGUGCUGUCCACUCACUAUACGAAUAGAUGCGAGACUGGACAAUUGGUGGUAAAGACACACAAACGACCCUCGCAGUUAGUUGGUUUUCUUUUUCUUUUCAUUUAGGUUGUGCAAGCAUCAGCUCAGUGGUGACAAACUGCUUCGCUUGCUCAUAUCGUGGUUAAUAAAAUGCCCUGUGUUAAAUAAUUAGCAGAUAAACUAUACUUCAACGAUUGAUGAUAUAAUGUUGUAAGAUUGUGCUUCCUUCAAACUUGUUUCGCCAUGUAAAUAAUUAUAUAUACUAUACAGCAUUCUUGAGGCAAACGCGAGGCCAGUGUCAGUAACCUGCGUUGCAAGCUUUUGUCAUCUUGCUGCUGUCGCAGCCGACGUUGGCAGCAUUGCUCUUGUUGCCACUUCCGUGCAUGCGAUUAUUGUUAAUAGAGCCCUGGCAAGUGGUGUUUAUGUAAAGUGGUUGAGAUUGUCAUACAAGAGGGCUGCCGAGGGAGCUUGCAUUGUUCUGUCUAUUGUUUUGCAUGGGAAAUCGUGAGGACUUUUGUACGGUCAUGGUACGUUUCCUAGAGCCCUUGAGUCAUAAGUAAACGAUUCCCAUUUGUACUCCGAUACACAGCAUCUCCUUGAGGCCCGACUAUCAGGAGACUCCAGCCACCGUACGAGGGUUUUCGGUGUAAAGGCACAAGAGCUUUGGGAAGUCGUUAUUGUAUCUCGAGGCUGCCACGCAAAGGCAAGUUAAAUUCAUUGUGCAUGGCACACUCGCUCGUUGUCGGAAUUUCUUUUUCUUUUUUUGUAUAAAAAGAGAAUAAGCUUCCCACAGCUUAUCUUUAUCGUAGAGAGUGUUCAAACAGCACACUAUCGGACUCACAGAGCAGUCUACAUUUUGUUAGAGUUGGUGGGUGAGUAUUAGACAGAGGUGUAGGGAUCAUUAGACAAAGACAAGCAAGGAUUAGCUAGUGGAACUGUAAGUUAGUGUGGAGGCGUGACUGGGUACUGCAUAGUAGCUAGGACGUGGCACGGUAUUUUGCACUGCUGUCAAUAAGCACAUGGUUGGGAAAUAAGUUUCUGUUGGCUUUAUGGGCACUUCGAAGACAUCCAUAGUUCUGUUUAGUAGAAUAACUGUAAUUCAUUCAGAGUACCUAAUUUGCUAAAAUUUACGGUUGUUUAGUGCAGAGGAAGGUGUGCUUCAUUAGAUGAUGCCCUUCAGAAUAAGGCCAUCAAACUAAAGAAAGAGCUUUUCUUUUUUUUUGUUGAUCACAUCCUUCCAUUUGUAGGUGUUAUACAGUUUGGGGGCUUGGCGGCCCGAAUUCUUUGAUCUCGCUAACUUACUGCUUAUCUGCAUACACUGACAAAUGUGUAAUGAAAAGAAAAGCACAAACUUGUCUUUAGGAAAAUGUAGGAAUCUUGACAGGUCCUUGCAGACAGGCCUUGCUUUUUCAAAGUGGACGAAAUGAAGGCCACUGAGAUCUGCAUGGUUUUUCAUAGUAAUAGAGUCAGUUUUGACAAGCACCCUCAAGCCUCAUUAGAGGGAGGGUUGCUGACGGGGAAUAUUUGAAUGGAUCUUUUCACCAGUCCUCAUUGAUAGAGGCUUUUUGGGAAUGUUUUAUUAUGUGCAAAUUUUUUGUGUUUGUUGCAAUAAAUCUUCUAUUUAUUUUCUGUAAAAAAAAAAGAUCCUUUAGCAAAACCAACUGCCGCAAUCACGUGAGUCAGCAGUGAGUCUUGUAUCGCUUUCCUCUCCAUUUUUUUAGUGUGUUUGUGUUUGUUUUAGUCUUUUCCUGAGUAUGUGGAUUUAGCAGUUUAGGUCGGUGGUGUGCCAUACUAUCGAAUGCUUGUAAGAAGGGUCAAAGUUUAAUUAUUUCUAUUUAUCUUUAUGAGCUGAAAUUACAAAUACAAACAAUUGAACACACGACCUUACAAUUGUGAUGGGGAAUUGCAUUUUGAACGGUUACGUUGAAGUGCUUAAAAGGGUACUGACACAAAAAUUUUCAGUUGUCGUUUUUUUUUUGCAUCAAAUGAAAGACCAAGCCCUCAAGAGUCUAGAAAAUGUGCUGCUAAGCAUGUGUGCACCCAGAAAAGGUAAUUACAGUACGUUUUUCAAAGCUAGUUCUUGUUCCUACUGUAGCCUGACAUCACAACAUGGCAUGAGCUUCUCGUCACGUGCUUGCGCAAAAUAUUGUGACGUUUCCACAGCCGCUCCGCACCGUGGCUCUGCAGGUGACGCACAAGCGGCCAUUUUGAAUGUUUUGGUGAUGCACAAACGACCACUUAGAAGUUUUGGUGCCUGACGUCAUCACAACUAGCGAGACUGCUGUGUGAAGUCACCAGAAUUAGCAUACCUGCCAAGUCUCCCUGGAUUACCCGGGAGACUCCCGUAUUUUGAACGUUUCUCCCGGUUGUACGGGUCAUAGGAAAAUCUCCCGGAAAUCCAGUUUUGCCCCGCGCAUCCAGUGCUUUGUCUGGCCACAUCCUAAAUGUGUUAUAGGUUAUAUCAGCCAUUAAUAUUUCGUAUGAUGUGUUUGUGUACAUACAAAAUCUUGCCCGACGAAAUAACUGGUUAGCAAGCGACGACAGGCCUCGCACGCGGAGCGAUGUUAUCGCAUGUGUCCUUCGCGCGACGGUGACGGCCGGGUCGUUUCAUCUCUGCUUCAACUGCGUUCUCCCUAGCGCUAGUGCGCUUUUACUCGCACGUGAAACAGACGAGGCGUAAGCUAUGUUAUCAGCUUGGACUCUGUACAGAUCAGCGGCGACCGCAAAAUCCCACUGACAGUGUCCAUAUAAUUGCUGUCGCAGUACCCUCCCCCCCCCCCCUCCGUUGAGUAGACCUCCCGGAUUCCGUUUCUCCAAACUUGGCAGGUAUGAAUUAGUACUUAGCCUGACGUCAAGCUAGUGUCAAUAUCGGUAGGUGCACCAUGGUAAAAAUGACUUUAAUAUCUAGAUAAAAUAUCUUAUCAGCAUGUACUGAGCUUCACACUUGCUCAGAGCAGUCUCUGUAUACAGGAGAUUUGUAUGGCAGAGUAAACUCGCCUUCGAAAAAUGAUGUCAGCGCCCCUUUAAUGUUCUGAAAGCGUAGCUGCAGUUACCAUAUUUAGGUAGACUUAUCAUCAGAUUUUUAAAAGUAUACGGCUACAAAAUCGGAGAAAUGUCGCCGCUUAAUUAAAAUACUAUGUAAUAGUAAGUGUGUCAUACUUUUAAUAUGUGCCUUCUGUGCAAAACUUGGAACGCAAAUGAGCCUUCAGUUUGAUGACACAUUUUCCGUUUUGUCAUCUGCAUUCAGACUUCUUCGCUUUCCUUGAGUUCACAUACGGUUGUAUUCUUGUAUUGCACUCAACCUGCGUAUUAAUUGUAGCAUCAGGUGAGGCAGGAAUUUCACCUCACCACCUUUUACAAGUCCAAAGGUUGCUAUUUUGCUGCUGCUCUUUUUAACCAGCAUUUUAGCACGUUAGCUGCCUUCACUGCAAUGUCGUAGGAGGAGUUGUGAGUGUAGAUUUAGUUAGUGUGUUGUGCUUCCGUGCAUACAGUAGUUUGCCUAAGUUGUCUGUUCCUUCCACAGAGCAAUGUUAUUUUUGUUUAUGUGUGCUUUUUGUUUUUCGUAAUUGAAUGUAAACUUGCAGAUUCCACGACACCUUUACGUAGCACACUUAUUGUGAAAUGUUUUUAGCAGUUUUUUUUUCUCCAACAUCAUGAAUUAGACACUUGUAAACUUGCGGUGUCCUCUUAAACGUCAUUAGGUCUGAAAAGAAAAAGCUAAUGUAAUCUUUGUUUUAAAUGCGUGUGCUUAAUUUUACUUUUAAAUAGGAUUGUUUUCUUGGCCAUCAAAGUAGGGUAUUUCCAGCAUGCUAAAGUAAGCAGCAUUUGGUUUGCAUGUGCGUGUUGAGAUAUCAAUACAACAGUGGGCAUGAUGAAAUGUAGGUUUAAUUCAGGUUUACAGCGUGCUCAUUGUAGCACUGUUAAAGAGAUCUAGGUUCAAGGGUCCUUUUUCUUUCUUGAUUAUGCACAAUAUGUCAAAAGCAUGAGCUCCGUGUUCUACAAAACAGAAAUGAAAAAUUCUUAACAGUUAAUCGUUGCAGCUAGUGGAAUGCAACAAUGCUAUCUUGCUUACACAAACGGCUCCUGUGUUGGCAUGCCAAUAUUGCGAAUAUUCAGAGAGCUCUAAAUUUUUUUUAUUCUGGUAGUGCAAAAAUGAUGAAAUAUUCCUGUUGACAAGCAUCCUUUGGUAUGGCAUCAGCUGCUGUAACAUACAACCACCAUCAGAAAGUUCUCACUUGUGUUUCACCGCCAAGUGUUAUUGGAGCUUAUAUUUUGACUUGCGUUCUAGUUUCUGUGCCUAUCUACUCUGAGCCAGUGUGUUUCACUGAAAUGUGUGAUGACACUGUCUUGAUUGUGUUCACAGAGUGACAUGUUCACAUGGGGUUGGUCACGGUUGGAAGCUGAAUGCUAGAAGGGAGUCUGUCAUUGCUGUAGGGUCACUGCUGGUCGUAAUGUGAUUUGAAUAAUGGGUUUUCAAUACAGCUUUAAAGCAUUCCUUUGAACUUAACUAUGAUGUGGUUAAAUUCAGCUUCCUUUUUUUCUUGGGCAUUGAAUAGUCACUAAUUAUUCAAUGCUGUUUCUGUUGUCGUAAAAAUUCAAUUUUCUCCAAAUAAGCGCACAUUGUUUUAGACUUGGGUAGUUCUUGGCAGCAAAGCAAAUGCCCAAUAAUGGGAGCAACAAUGGUCGUAUAGCUUACAAGGAAACAGGCCAAAAGUGACAGGACCAUCAAUCACAGUCAAGAUUGCAGAGGAUGCAGUCUGCAGUGUUGUCGAUUUUGCCAAGUUUUACUUUAGUCUUGCAUGCCUUACCAACUGGUGCAAUGCACUACCCCCAUAGCAUUAUCACACUAUCUGUGUCGGCGGGUCGUCAGUUUUGCUUAAAUGAUAGAAGUCCAGUGAAUACGCUAGUGCUCUGGUUAUUAGAGCUGUGCGAAUGGUGAAAUUUAGAACCGAAUUUAAUACAAAUCGAAUAGUGAUCAUACCGAUUCGAAUACUAGUAGAAUAGUUUGUGAUUAGCAAGGCAACCAUUUUCAGGGCGAUCCUAGAAUUCUGCAACUUUUUAUUUCAAACAACUAUUGACAAACUAAGUAACACUACCUUUACAUUUAAGUGACAAAAGAUACCGCAAUUAUGUAAACUAAGGUAAGCUCGUACACAGUUUUGACUAGAGCCUUCGAGGUAUUUUUUAUUUUUAGAGAUUAAUGUGACAGUUACUUCGGUAUUUGAGGUGGUACUUUGUCACCAGCCUUUAAAGAACACUUAGACCUAAAAGUUCAAUAAUGUUUCAUGAAUGAAAAUUGUCAAUCUCAUGAUAAUGAUGGUGGAUUGAGGACACAUUCGCUUCGGCGACACUGGAGUUUAAUGCAAAAAUUCCUUCAUCCGGUGAUGAAUAAAGCUUCGAUAGUCCUGUAAGAGCUUAAACUGCAUGCAUUUUGGCAAUUCCAUUAUUUAAAAGGAAAAUGAUCCUUCGCUCUUUCAACUUGUUGUUCCUUUGGGGUUUUCCUGUCAGGGCUGAUUAUUUGAAAUGUAUUAGAAAAAUAUUCGGUAAUUCAAACAUGUGCUAUUCGAUUCGUGUACCGAAUGAAAUACAACGCUAUUCGAUUUGUUAUACGAAAUUUUCAAAUGUUCGCACAUUCCUAGUGGUUAUGUCCAUAAAUAGUCACCUGCAUUCAUUACUGUGCUUGUAAUCUGCAUGUGGAGCAUCAGCAAAAUGAAGCCAGCAGUUUCUGCUUGGAUUCUGAUGUGUCUUCAGACGUUUCAGCGAAGUACUUUUGGCUCAGAGAGAUUCAUUGGAUUUGUACAUUUGUAAUGGGAUAAGUAGGUGUCUGCUAACCGAGUUUUAAAUAUGUGAAGCCUGUACUGAAAAGGUGUAUGCAUAUGUUGUAGUGUGACAAAGGGUUUAAGGUAUACCACUUGUGUCGUCUUACCUUAUUGAUGUGAGGUCUGCACUGGAAAAAAGUAAAAAAAAAAGUACUAGAAAUAUUUUGUGAAAAAUAAAGUUUAUUUACAUGUA